AAUAUUUUUGUGUCAUAAAACGACUUGUCUUUUGUAACAAAAAAAUAUGAAAUUGUUAUACAGUAAUGUACUUAUAUUUUAAAAAUGACAUCCAUUUUAAAGGAAUAAGAAAGAAAACCAAUCUAGCAUUUCGCGAACGUUUAUUAAUUAUACUGGUUCAAAUAUAUCAGUCCAAACUUUGAUAUAGCGGGAUAUUUAGACAUUAAUGGGUAUUCACGAAUACUUACAUGUUCACUAUACGAAGAACAGCGACUGCGCUACUUCACGAGAUACUGGAUAAUCAAUACCAACGUAUAUUGUUACUCUUAACCAAAAAGCGAUAUCAAAAGAGAAUCUGAGAAAAAUAUCUUGUUUUUUCGAUCGACAUCAUGAAAACUGUGACACACAACUGCGUGUCAAAUAACGCCGUUACAGGUUUACUUGGCGAGGAUUCGAUCGAAGAGAUAGCUGAAUCAGUGGACGAGCUACGAGAAAAACUCGCAAAUAUGAAAAGACUUAUGGAAGAGAGAAAAGGCACGACAUUGGGUGAAAUUAGCGCCCGUAAGAGAAAAGAGACUUCCGAUAUAAUAGAUGGCAAUUUUUUGUCCUGGAUUUUUGGGGCUGCUCUUGUAGUAAUCUUAAGUGUAAGCGGUUAUGCUUUCUACAAUCUUUUUCUUGCAGUAUUAAAAAAGUUUCCGUCUCACCAUACAGAAUUAUAAAGAGAGUGAGCAAACUUCGUGUAAUUUAAUGUAUAAGUAUUGAAGAAGAGAUUGGAAAAACUUUCCAUGUAAGUGGCGAACUAUAUGGUAUAUUUUUGGUGAA